AUAUGCCUAUAUUUAAUAUUAAGUAAGGAUAUGUCAAAGAUUAAAAUCAAUUGUGAAAUCAUGUUUCAUUUAUAAGUAUUGUUAGUCGGGCAAAAACUCUCAUUAAACACUCAAUUGUUGACUGAGUUGGAUUAAAGGAAAUUUUUAAAGUGGAGUGCGCAUCGCAUAGAGUUUGAAUAGGUGCGCGCGCCCGAGUGUCCAGCUGUGAGCUUUUAAUCCGUGCCCUCCAGCCAGAGACUCACGGGUGGCGCCGACUGGAUCUUUGGUCUCGGCGUUCUUAUGGGUCAGUCCCUGUUCGAAACAGGGCAGGUAUGGCCGCCUGUAACUUUAAUAGACUGGGGGGCAUAUCACAUCGUAUUUAUAUUAUAGUUCUAUCGGUUUUGCUGCUCGUCCAACUACUGGUUAGUUUAACAGUAAUGCGCGCGUAUAUCAGAAACAACACCGGGGACGAGCCUGCUUUUCUCAUCAUAAGCAUAGAGAAGAGAGCCGAGGAAAGCGUCAAUAAAAAUGUGGUUGCGCAAAGCGGAGGACUGGGUCGCUGGACUGACGCGGAAUCAAGAAUGACAGGAUACGACGAUGAAAACAACUUUGAUGGACAUCAGGCAAUGUCUAGAAAGCUGAUACUGCAGCCAUGGGCAUCAGAACAACCCUCGUUUACUAGUGAACUGCAGCGUCUCACUCAGUUUAUCACCACACCUGAGGUGAACUGUUCUAUGGUUCAGGGUUCGGAAGAAAACCAGUCUACAUACUCUUCUGGUCACUCAGAUGUGUUCUGUAUUAACCACUGGAAAGGCAAAACUGGUUGUGUUGCUUACUCCUUCAGUCUGGAUGGAAAGGAUGCUGUCUUUUUAGACACAAUGUUGCAUUUAGGGUGUGAGGUUCACCGGUUUGACCCCAGCAGAAGAAAGAGAUCUGGUGAUUCAGGGCGUGCAGCUAUCAAGAGUCACCGGGCAUGGAUAGACUGGCGGCGUCCACACAGUCGCUCACAUGCAGGCCUCAUGGGUAAUGUGCAGCACAGGCUGGUUAACAUAAUGGACUCCCUGGGCCACACCAUGGUGGAUGUCUUGCGUAUGGAUUUGGAGAGCGCUGAGUGGCGUAUGUUAGAAAGCUGGAUUAAAGAUGGAACUCUCAAGAUGAUCAAUCAGCUCAUCCUGACCAUUCAUCUGCAAUGGGCGGGGUUCGAGGUGGGUGGAGCUGAGCAGGAGGUAGUGCUUUUCUGGUACAGUGUACUAAGAGCACUUCACGUCUCAGGACUCCAUCUCGUGCAUUCAGAACACGGCCCAGGACACACAGUACUGGGACACAAACUGAAGAACUCACACAGCUCAUAUACACUCAGCUGGAUAAGGACUUGAAAGCUCCCCGGAUGCCCAUGCUAAACUCUCUGAAACUGUAGCAUAACUUUUAACUUUUUUAUAAAAGGAAAGUAGACAGAAGUGUCUAAUAAUACUAAAAUAUCACACCAAGUACAUCAGUGUUUCAUAAAGGAAAGUUGCAAUACAUAUUUACAGGUGUUGUAAAUGUACUAUUCAAACAGGAAACUAAGGGAUGACGCCAUGAGAAAAGACUACAGUAAGUUUGGUUGGCUAAGUCACGCCUUCUAGCGGUUGUGAAUGGUACAGCAAUGAUUCAUCUGCAUUGUGCCCACAAUUAAAAACAUAAAUCCAUUAAAACCCAUAAUAAACGCUCAUAUUAUUUUCAUACAACAGGGUUAUGUGCAAUAUUUUAUAAAUACAUUGUUUGUAUAUUAAAUAAAUUGCAUACAAUAAAGUGUUUAUUUCUGUGUA